GCUGGCUUCAACUAUUAUGUCUUCUGAAGAACAAACCGUGCCAUGACUUUGGCGGAUAGUAUGUCUUCUGAAGUUCUGGGGUAUUUUCCAAGCUGAUUCAUCCCACUGGUCGCUAGUUAUCCAACUAAUAUUCACAUACUUCUACUUCCCAGAAAUCGGGAGACAAAGACGUUCUGCGGCUGACAUUGUCGCGACUUUCCACUUUCCACCAGGCUAUAUGCGUGAUUAUUUUUUAUCAUUGUUAUAUUUUCUUCCACCAGGCUAUGCGGGAACAGAUUCAGCCAGGUUUGAGAGACUUUUACCCCCAGCAGAGCCGCAAGUUGCACGUUGGGUUUUACCCAACUUGAUCUGACAUCCUCAUGUUGGGAUUCUUUGUCCGCUACGCUGACAGGAAGAAACCCGAAUGAUGCCAACCAAAGGAGAUGGAUGGUUGUUCAGUAUUAGAGUCUCCAACCAUGUUGCCUUAUAAAAAAGGGACAUCAUGAUUGUGAUUUUUUGUCUUGCUCUCAUCAUUUUUUCUACCCUCCCCCUCGGGCUUCAAAAUCUUAUCUGUGCGCUUUUCUCUCCCUGCUGAAGCCAACACCAACUAAUUCUCCACUGAGAGUCGAGCGGCAAUCAUUUCAUAGACUCAUCUAUUCUUUGCAGCAGACAGUCAAAAUGAAGAUCCUCCCUGUACUCUUUGCCUUUCUCACAGCCUCUGCUGUAGGGCAGUCUAUCUCUCCACCCACUCAAGCUAAUCUGUCCCCAACAACCCAAGAGGUUACGGUCGAUGAAGCACUCCCGAAUAUUUCUGCUCGGGGCUUUGGGAAGUUCAAGAACAUCUUUGAUAAAGUAAAGAAGGGUGGUGAUAAAGACAAAAAGUCUAAAGACAAAAAACCUAAAGACAAACCCGAAAAAAAGAAGAGCGAAGACAAGAAGAAGGAUGAAAAGGAGUUAACGGAGAGCAAGACGUUGUCCAAGAAAAAGUUCAAAUUCAAGAGUCCCAAGAAGAGCGAUGGUAAGGGUAAGGGAGGAGGGGGGGCUGUGGUUGUCCAGUCAAUGGCUCCCACUGGCCUAAAAGCUCCGCUACUCUUCAUUGGAGGGCUAUUUAUUCUAACUACACCGUUGAUGGUUCACUGAUUAUGGUGUCUCUUCACACAGCGCUUCAUUUAUUCCUUAUAAACCGGCUGGCCGAGUCGCUGAUGUCUGAUGUAUUCUUGGUUCAGUUCUUGUUCUGCAAACUGGUUUAGUUGUUUAAUAUAUAUCUCUAAUUAUUUUUUGGAGUCAUUAACAAUGGAUGACAUUUUUAGGUAGAUUCCGUAGGCUGCUUGAUUACUUCCCUCUCAUUACUUCAGAGUAUGAUUUCUAGCC